ACAAAUCCCGUAUAUUAGUACUGAGGUCGUCUCUCUUGUCUGUAAAACAUAUCCUCAAUAACCCAAAAAAACAAAGCCAAAAAAACCUUGAAACUCUCCUAAUCUCACAAUUAAAGAAACCAAAAGAUCAUCGAUUGAAACAAAAAUGGUGAGCCCAUUUAGAUCUCCUUGUUCUUCGCCAAGAAGAUCAAGAAAAGAGAGCAAGAACCCUUAUUCAAAUCGUGGACUUGACAAAUUCUCGGAGCUUCUCUCAGAGCUUGACGAGAAGAGACAAAGUAUCUACUCCAAGAAGCUCGAUUCCGAUGGCCCGCCUCUUGUCCGAUUCGUGUUCACAAGCUCUGGUGAGUGUGUCCCCGUCGUGAUCAAAUCAUCUUAUCUUCAUAAACAGAAGAAGACCAAAGAUGUUGCUGCUGCUAAAGUCAAACCAGUGGUCAACGAAUCUAAAACAGAGGAAACGAAGAAAACAGAGCCUGAAGCAGAGCAGAAACAAAGCUGCGUUUUGGAGGAGAACCUGAAGAAGAUCACGAGACCGAAUCAUUUCUUGCCCGUGACUGUGAUCUUGGUUCUUGUUUUCUUGGUUUUCUUUGGAAGAUCUGUUGCGAUUAUGUGCACUUGUAUCGCUUGGUACUUGGUUCCGACGAUCAAGGAACAAAGCGGAAACAGAGGAUCUUCGUUGUCUUACACGAUGAAGAAGAGAGAUUUUGCUAGGAAAUUAAGUAUUGAAAAUAGAGCAUCGUUUAAUCCAAGAACUAUUCGUGAUCAUUCUCCUCCUCUCAAGUAGAAUUUUCGUUUCUUGGCUGCUCGUGAAAAAACCGCGUGAUCCAGAAAAAACGUUUUUUUUUCUCUGUGGGAAAGUUCUUUUGUUUAUUUCUUGUUAGUUUUUGUUUGUUUAUUCUCUGUUUCUUUCAUAGUUGUUAAUUUUUAGACAGCUGAAUUAGCAGAAAAUUGUGUAUCUCUUUCUCUUUAUUUUUUUUUCUUCUUAAGGGUUUAAUGUUUAUAAAUGUGUAUAUAUGCAAUUGGAAUUUGUUCUUGGUGACAGAUUAUCUACUGAAACAUAGCUUGAACAUC